AUGGCUGCGAAUAUUGAGAGUAUCACUCCCUCUUCCUCCCGCGCCCCUGCUGCAGCGACAAGACGCCGGUCGUCCUCUCACUCUACUCAGAAGAAGCCAUGGCAGCAUUCCGGACGACCAUCCUUCCACUCGAGUCAUUCUCGGCCGACGCCAGAAGAAAUCCAGCACCUGUCGCAUCAAGUCAGCCAUCAAACAACGCUAUCGUCACAUAAACGUGUUCCGAAAUGGUACAAGAUUCGUUGGUUCAAAGGGAUGAUUGAUGAUGUUAAGAGACGAGCACCCUUCUACUGGAGCGAUUGGCGAGAUGCCUGGGAUUAUAGGGUAGUUCCAGCAACAGUAUAUAUGUAUUUCGCAAACAUCCUCCCUGCCCUGGCCUUCUCGCUUGAUAUGUUCACCAAAACACACAACUCCUUCGGUGUUAACGAGGUCCUCCUAGCUUCUGUUCUAGGCUGCGUGGUAUUUUCGCUCCUUGCAGCACAGCCGCUUGUCAUAGUUGGUGUCACCGGACCAAUCACAGUUUUCUCAUACACUGUAUAUGACAUUGUCGUCCCAAAGGGAACCAACUACUUCGCUUUCAUGGCUUGGGUCGGCAUAUGGUCUCUGAUCAUGCAUUGGCUCCUUGCCAUCACCAAUAGUUGCAAUAGCCUGACCUACGUCACGAGGUUCAGCUGUGACACAUUUGGAUUCUACGUGGCCUUCAUUUACUUGCAAAAGGGGAUCCAAGUUUUGACGCGGCAAUGGGAGUUGGCCGGAAGUGAAAGCGCAUAUCUCUCUGUUAUGGUCAGUUUGCUAGUGCUAGGGUUUGCUUAUGGUUGUGGCAUUCUGGGCGAAAGCAACCUUCUCCAACGACAUGUGAGAAAGUUCAUCGAGGAUUACGGCACCCCAUUGACAAUCGUAUUUUUCACCGGAUUUGUUCAUUUCGGGCACAUGAAAGAUGUACAUGUUGAGACGCUCCCAACCAGUAAGGCAUUCUUCCCGACCGCUGACCGGGGCUGGUUUGUCCAUUUUUGGGACAUUGGAGUGGGUGAUAUUUUCCUCGCCAUUCCAUUUGCCGUACUAUUGACCAUUCUGUUCUGGUUCGACCACAAUGUCUCGUCCCUCAUCGCUCAAGGAUCCGAGUUUCCUCUUCGUAAGCCACCAGGCUUUCACUGGGACAUCUUUCUUCUCGGAUUGACCACCGGUAUUGCUGGUCUUCUGGGCAUCCCUUUCCCCAAUGGCCUGAUUCCCCAAGCACCAUUCCACACAAAUUCGCUUUGCGUGACCCGGCAGGUCGCCGACGAGAAAGCGAAAGGCGGCGUCAUCCGGGUCACUGACCACGUAGUGGAACAGCGAGUUAGCAAUCUGGCGCAAGGCCUCCUCUUCGUCGUUACCAUGACAGGCCCACUUCUGGUGGUCCUCCAUCUAAUUCCACAAGGCGUCCUCGCCGGACUCUUCUUCGUCAUGGGCAUGCAAGCACUCGUAGGCAACGGUGUCACUCAGAAGAUGCUCUUCCUCGCCCGCGACCGUGAACUCACAGACGCACUGGACCCUUUAGCGCGGCUAGAACGCAGGUCUUCGAUCUGGGCAUUUGUGGGCCUGGAGCUGAUAGGGUUUGGCGCGACGUUUGCAAUCUCCCAGACCAUCGCCGCCAUCGGGUUUCCCGUCAUCAUUUUCCUUCUCAUCCCGCUCCGCACCUGGCUGAUGCCCAAAUGGUUCCGCGAUGAGGAAUUGAGAGCCCUCGACGCACCCACCGCCGGCCCCUUUGUGAUGGAGAGCGUCGGCGGCGCCUACGGUGAGAGCGGAUCCAGUACCCCGGAUCCAAGCACGCCGGACGAAGCCGCCGUGGUCGAGGACACCCUGGAGAGAGGCGAGAGCUAUGAGCUCCAUAGCAAACACGACGCCGCAGGUGUCGUCCUUUCAAGGAGGAUCAGCCACAGCGAGUUACAGAGGCCGGAGACGGGAAUGCGCAGGAGAAGUCGCACUUCGUUGAACAGACGCGAGUGA